GGGUGCUGUACGUGAGCGCCACGGCGGCCGCCGAGGUCAAGGACCUUGGGUACAUGUCUCGGCUCGGCCUGUGGGGGCGCGGCACGCCCUUCCCCGACUUCUCCACCUUCGCGGCCAAGAUCGAGCGCGCGGGCGUGGGGGCGAUGGAGUUGCUGGCGAUGGACAUGAAGGCGCGCGGGAUGUUUGUCUCGCGCAUGCUCGCCUUCACCGGCUGCUCCUUCGAGGUGCGCGAGUGCACGCUCGACCAGCAGAACGAGCGGCUGUACGACGAGGCCGUCGAGCUGUGGGACGACAUGCUGACGGCGCUCGAGAAGUGCGUCGACAUGUGCGGCAGCGACGGCGCCCACCCGCUCCGCCUCUACUGGGGCGCGCACCAGUCCUUCUUCAAGCAGCUGCUCAACUCGAUCAAGGCGCGCAACGCGAUCGACGAGACCGAGGAGGCGCUGCGGCAGGGAAAGUGCGUCGUCAUCGGCCUGCUCUCCACCGGCGAGGCCAAGGCCAACGAGGCAGCGGAGCGGGAGAACCGCGCGGGCCGUGAGCUGGACAGCGAGGUCUCGACGCCGCAGGAGAUUGCGCGCUCGCUGAUUGAGCAGCACCUGCCGACGACGCGCGCGGAGGGCGCGCCGCGCGACGGCGGCGGCCUCACAAACGGCUUCGAGUUGCUCGAGCAGCCGGCGGUGCCCGAGGCGGUCCAGAUUCGGGACAAGCUGCUGCGGCGCCUCGACGCGAUCGACAUGCCCUCCAACGCGCUUGACCUCGUCAUCGGCCACUUUGGUGUUGAACACGUGGCCGAGAUGACGGGGCGCAAGAUGCGCUUCGUCAAAGACGGCGCCGGCGGCACGCGCUGGGAGGCGCGCGCACAGAACGGCGUCUCGCAGGACCAAAUCAACAUCGCGGAGAAGGAUGCCUUCAUGGGGGGCACGAAGCGCGUCGCAAUCAUCUCGGACGCCGCCUCGUCCGGCAUCUCGCUCCACGCCGACCCGCGCUUCGCAAACACGCGCCAGCGGCUGCACAUCACGCUUGAGCUCGCCUGGUCGGCCGACAAGAUGCUGCAGCAGUUUGGGCGCACGCACCGCUCGAACCAGAUCACCGCGCCUCACUACGUGCUGCUCGUCUCCAACGUCGGCGGCGAGAAGCGGUUCGCCUCGUCGGUCGCGCGCAGGCUCGAGAUGCUCGGAGCGAUCACCCGCGGCGACCGGCGCGGCGGGCAUGGCGCCGCGGCCGACCUGGUCCAGUACAACCUCGACACGGUGCACGGCCACACGGCGCUCGCGCUGAUGUUCGACGCGGUGGCGGAGAAGUCCGAGGCGGCGGCGUUGUGGGAGCGCGCCCUCCGGAUGCUGCAGUGCCACCGGCAGGGCGUGCCGACGCUGCUCGGCCUCGCCGUUGUCGCCGUCGCGCAGAAGAAGCAAGCGCAGGGCAACCGCGACGUGGCGCGCCUGCCUCAGGGCCUGCAAAAGUACGUGCUCAAGCUGCGCGAGUGGGCCAGCCAGCGUCAGAGCGGCUCGAGCAGGCA